GUGUCGGCAGGGCGGCAGUGCCCGGUUCUCUGCGGGCCAGCACAGGCCGAGGCCAUCAGGGGCCACCUUGCGACCCUCUCGGCCCACUUAAGUGCUGCUGAGGCCGCCAGCACCGGCCCCGUGUCCUCCAGCGAGGUUGUACCCACAGGCUGGAACCUCUGCACCAUCGUUGGGGUGCUGCUGGGCUACCCGGCGACAUAUACCUUCUCCAUGGAGGAGAGCACUGAGAACUGCCUGGCGCUGAUGCCGCUGAGGGUGUUCACAGCCCAGGCCUCCUGCCCCAGGAUAAAGGACAGUCUCGGGGUCCAGAUCUACUCCUUCAGCAUCCCAGAGAGCCUCUGCGGGGAGCUGAAGGAGGCGCUGGAUGCCUGGCGUGACGAGCUGAAGGAGGCUUUCAGUGCACAGAGUGACUUUGUAGGUCUCUGCAUCUCGAGCGAGGUGGUGUCUCUUCCAGCGGUUGCCUUGUAA